AUGGCAGCAUCAUUGAUUGACAGCAUUGGUAGCCAAGAUGAUUUCCAUAACCAUACCUGCAUACUGCUCAACGGCAAGAACAUCACAGACAUCGUCGAUGAAGAAGGACUCGAAGACGACAUCAUGGGUCCCCGCUACCACAAGCGUGUCCGCAUAGCAAUCAUCAUAAUCAUGAUUGUCACAUCCGUCGUCGGCAACAGCGUCGUCUGCUGGAAGCUCGUCUUGCAGCGACGCCACCGGCGAAUCUCGAAAGCGCGAGUGCUGUUCCUGAACCUGGCAAUAGCGGACCUUCUCGUUGCUUGCGUCACGAUGACGUCACAGGUGGUGUGGGAAGUGAUGGGCAGGCUGUGGAUCGCGGGCGACGCCUUCUGCCGCUUCUUCAAGUUCCUGCAGACGUUCGCUCUCGUCUCCUCGACGUACAUGCUGGUGACGAUCGCGGUGGACAGACACAUUGCCGUUACGACACCGCUGGCUCCCAGCCCUGACCCGUGGAAGCUAGCAGCCAUCACGUGGGUAGCUUCGUGCAUGCCGUCUUUGCCGAACGUUUACGUGUUCCACACCGUCGAGGCGGCGCCCGGACAGUGCUUCUGCGCAUCCAUCUUCUACGAGCGCGGCACACCGCUCUACCACCGUCAAAUAUACAUGGCGUUCGUGUUCAUCAUGGUGUUCAUCGCGCCUCUCGUGCUUCUGGUGACAUUUUACGCGGGAAUACUGUGGGCCAUCUGGAAGCACAGCUCGGCCAGCGGAAAAGUGGGCCAGCAGACUACUUCUACGUUGCCCCGAGCCAAGGUCAAGACGCUCAAGUUGACGGCGGUGGUGUUCGGUGCUUUCCUGGUGACCAACGUGCCGUACAUGGUCCAGGAGGUCAUCCUUGCUCUGGGACACCCCGGCAUCCUAGACGCCAACCUGGUAGCGUUGUUUGGCGUCAUCUCGGCCUCCAACAGCGCCAUCAACCCGUACAUCUUCCUCUACUUCGAGAAGAGGCAGCUUCGGAACUCGCACGGUUUCGUGGGCACUCUCCUCAAGGGUCUGCCCUGCUUCGGUCGCAGGGGCGCGUCGAGGCACCGUGGCGGCAGCCAACAGAUGGUCAAGCUGACCGUCAACUACUCGAGCAGGCACUCACGGACAGUAACGACGGCUAACUAUGACUCCGCAUCGUGUUCGGAGAAGACUCUGUCCAGAUAG